UAAGUUUUGCCCCAUGCUUACUUUCGAUCGUCAAAGGCCACACUCCCUCCAUUGAGCUAUUCCCCAAACUGCUCUCCUCCUCCACUCCCUACUCUCGUUACAGUUCAAUCCUCCAUGGCUGCUACCGUCUCCACCAUUGGUGCAGUCAACCGAGCACCGUUGAGCUUGAAUGGCUCCGGUGCUGGAGCUGCAGUUCCAAGCUCAGCUUUCUUGGGUAGCAGCUUGAAGAAAGUGAGCUCAAGAUUCAGCAACAGCAAGCUUCCGUCAGUGAGCUUCAAGGUUGUUGCAUCACAAGAAAGCACCGAUGAACAACUUGAGAAGCAGACCGAAAAGGACAGAUGGAGAGGCCUUGCUUAUGAUGUAUCUGAUGACCAACAAGACAUUACUAGAGGGAAAGGUAUGGUGGACACCCUGUUCCAGGCCCCCGUGAACGAUGGAACUCACUAUGCGGUCAUGAGUUCCUAUGAAUACCUCAGCCAAGGGCUUCGCACAUACAACUUGGACAACAACGUGGAUGGUUUCUACAUUGCCCCUGCCUUCAUGGACAAGCUUGUUGUUCACAUAACCAAGAACUUCAUGACCCUGCCGAACAUCAAGAUUCCUCUCAUCUUGGGUAUCUGGGGAGGCAAAGGUCAAGGAAAAUCUUUCCAAUGUGAGCUCGUCUUUGCCAAGAUGGGAAUCAACCCAAUUAUGAUGAGUGCUGGAGAAUUGGAAAGUGGAAACGCAGGAGAGCCCGCCAAGUUGAUCAGGCAAAGGUACCGUGAGGCAGCUGAUAUUAUCAGGAAGGGGAAAAUGUGCUGCCUCUUCAUCAACGAUCUUGAUGCAGGAGCUGGUCGUCUUGGAGGAACCACCCAAUACACCGUCAACAACCAAAUGGUGAAUGCUACCCUCAUGAACAUUGCUGAUAACCCCACAAGUGUGCAGCUCCCUGGUAUGUACAACAAGGAAGAGAACCCUCGUGUCCCCAUCAUUGUCACCGGUAACGAUUUCUCAACAUUGUAUGCUCCCCUCAUCCGUGAUGGUCGUAUGGAGAAGUUCUACUGGGCACCUAAUAGGGAAGACAGAAUUGGUGUCUGCAAAGGUAUCUUCAGGAGUGACAACGUUCCAGAUGAUGACAUUGUCAAGCUCGUUGACACCUUCCCUGGCCAAUCCAUUGACUUCUUCGGUGCCCUGAGGGCCAGAGUUUACGAUGACGAAGUGAGGAAGUGGGUCAGUGAGGUUGGAGUUAACAGCGUCGGCAAGAAACUGGUGAACUCAAGGGAAGGACCUCCAACUUUCGAGCAACCCCAGAUGACCAUCGAGAAGCUCCUGGAGUACGGAAACAUGCUUGUUGCAGAGCAAGAGAAUGUGAAGAGAGUCCAAUUGGCUGACAAGUACUUGAACGAGGCUGCUCUUGGAGACGCCAAUGAGGAUUCUAUGAAGAGUGGAACUUUCUACGGUUAGAUCCCUUGAUCCCUGAGGCCUUGAUGGGAGGCAAAGCAGCCCAGCAAGUUGGUGUUCCAGUUCCUGAAGGUUGUACUGAUCCAGGUGCGGAUAACUUUGACCCCACUGCUAGAAGUGAUGAUGGAAGCUGUACUUACAAACUCUAGGCCUUUUCUAUAUAUUGGGUAGAAAGAUGGAAAAACCCUUUCCUUUAAGUGAUGAUGUGAGAUAUUCCAUAGUAUUGUUUCCUUUUGUUUUAAGUGGAUUUGUAUCCUCUAUUUUUGUGCUGUGAAUCUACACUUUGUUAAAUCUUUAGAUGUUUGCUUUUGCUUUGUUUCCAAUCAUUUUUAUAUUAUUCUCCUGCA